AUAAAAAGCCGAGCAUUUCUUCCUUCAGAUUCAUCUGUUCAAUAUGAACCCCACCACAGCAAUUGUAGUUUUCUUGUGUGUUAUAGUUUGUGUAUGCGGGCUUUCUACAACCGAUAAGACAAAACAGAAUGAUGACAUAGCCGACAUUAAAAACAGACUAGGACAUCUUGAACAGUUGAUUGGACAACUGGUCACCGGAAAUUCAUCUUCGGAUGUUUUAAAAUUUAGUGUGUCCACGGGCAGAAACUACCACGUUUCCUUUUCUGCCUACAAGAACCAUACCCAAUCUGGACUCAAUAAGAGACACAUCAUCAAGUUUGAGCAGACGAUACUUAACCUUGGAAAUCACUACCACCCCGAGGACGGGAUAUUUAUUGCCCCGGUGUCAGGUGUUUAUUUCUUCCACUGGACCAUCAAUAACCACGGGGAUUAUGCAUAUACCAACAUAUUGGUGGGAGGAAAAGUUAUGUCAACAACUACUACCUCGGUAGUAUCUGGACAUAAUUCUGGAUCUGCUUUGGUGAUUGUUCAAGUUCAGAAGGGGCAGCAUGUUUGGAUUCAGACCUGCUGUGGUUCUUCAAAUGAAGUGUAUGGAACCACUCUGGGGUUCGACAACGCUUUCCAGUCUACUUUUUCUGGGACCUUACUCUUUCAAGUUUCAGAAAAUUAAAGAUAUGUAUGAAAAAAAAAAAAACAAAAAACAAAAACACAAUCCCAUUGUUUAAAAAAAAGUGACAAAUCUUAUUAAAUACAAUUUUAU